CCUCUCGUUCCGUUGCAGGGGUUGUACUCACCUCUGGCUUAGCUGGCAACCUUGGAGAGAGCUCCAGGUCCAUCAAAAGGGGUCAGAGACUUUUGGAGAGAAUGGUUGGCUUGUCAGCAGCCAGAGGGAUGAGGGUGCAGUGUUGCCAGAGAAAGAAAUGGACUUGAUUUGCUUUCCCAGGGCGGGGAUGCAACUGAACUGAUUUUGGCCCUGCGCAGACAGGACCGUACUGUGUGGUCGUGUGUUGAUGUGAAAUGACCGUCUCAGGCCGGGUCCGGGCAAGUGUUUCUUGGCAGUGCUGUGAGUGGGCAAGAGUGGUGUUGUGUGGCACAGGCCGGCGAGCUGGCCCGCGAUCGGAGACAUGAUAUCACAUGUUGGAUGGUUCUGUGGCCCAUGAGUCCUCAAGAAACUGGAAUAUGGUCGAGGUGUUUAAGAGUCUGACGUGGAGUUCCUUUCGGGUUUUGGUCUAUGGUUUUAAGUGUGUGGUGAAUGCUGGGGUGGCAGCUAUGGUGUUUUUCCUAGUCUGUGCUAAAGCAGCACGGGUAUGAGAGCCUUUGACAGCCCCACGGUUUUCCGGGCACCUGUUUCUCACACCUGCUAUGCUGCCUUACACUUGAGACUUUGAUUGAAUCUGUUCUCUACACAUCUGCCUCGAGGCAUCGGAGCGGUAGUGCUGCUUGCACUGUGUGUUUGCAGUGUGUAUAAGUGAGCUGGAGCUCAGGGUUCGGGUAAGUAUGUGCAUAAGGUGCGUGGUGAUUAGGUAAAACUAAUUCACAGUUGUUACUUUCAUGUUUUUUAAAUGUUUGUUGCCUUUUUAUAAAGUUUUGAUCUCUUUUCUGAAGCAGAGAACACUUCUGGUAUUGGGUUUCUAUAUCUCUUGACAACUAACAUACUUUUAUGUAAGUUUUAAAUAAGUGAGACCAUGGCACUGAAAUGAUGUGUUGAGUUACUGACCAAAAUGGCAAACACGUGCAUAGAGCCAGCUUCCCCUAAGAAGAGCUUCUGUCAUUGUGUCACUACAGGGCUGGUGACUGCCCUGGCCCAUCCUAGCAUUCAUUCAUCAGGGUGGCACGGUAUGCAGGCUGUCUGGAAAGGUCAUAAUGGGCUUUCGGAAUUCCAUUUGGCCAAGGCAAGAACUUCAUUGGCUCCCCUCUAAAAUACAAUUCCACGGAUGGUUGGGAUUUCAAUUAUUUUGGCUUGGUGGAAAAAAAAAGUUACCUAGGCAUGUUCAGCUUAGCAGCUUUCCAGGCACUACCCUGAGCACCUGUGUGCUCUUCAGCUGUCAUUUAUGUUGAGGUGGCACCAGGACAUUGAUCUCUCAAACUCUCAGAGAAGCCAGGGAAAGCCGAGAGCCUUCCUGGAAGAGGAGACCAGCAGCGAACUCUUCCUUCCGCUGCCCAUAACGGGAAGAGCACCAUAAGGCCAAUGUCAGUUCCCAUCAUUCUGUCCCCAAACACGGGAGAGGGCAGUGGGCCCUUCCAUAGUCUCUUUCAUUGAUUUAAAUAAAAACAAAUGAUUGAAAGUGUAAAUAAAUGCAAACAUCUCCUUUGGAGUUCCAGUUCUAAUACAUUUCUUUUUCACUGGAAAUUACAGAAUCAGGCUGGUUUUGAGAUUAGUACCAGCAGUGAGUAGACCUCCUGUCUGAAAUCCUUUCGAGGAUUUAUGCACAUUUUCUAAGCUAGCACAACCUUCCAAUUGGCUUAAUGUAUUUUUAAUCUGUUCUCAUAAAAUUUCUAUAAGAGCAGACUCGCCAAAUAUGGGCUCCCCAAUAUAGCAUCGUUGUUUCUAGCCCUACCCACCCCCAGGUCGCAUUGAACUUUGAAACACAAUCAAAUGGUGUGUUUUGUUUUGUUUUGUCUUAAACUGCUGGCCAGCUGACACUGGACAUUUAUGCAUCAGGAUGAUCCAAGGUUGUGUGCAGGCACCCGGAGGUCACCAUAAUACUAGUGGCAUACCACGAUCUGUGAGGGUACAGUCCUGACCCAGAAGCAGUAGCCAGACCGCUAAAUUUACAGAGACGCCUUGGAGCCUUCUUGGAUUAAGACAGUUAAAACACCAGGCCUGAUUUCUGAUCUGUGUGGAAAGAGUUAGCGUCCAUCCUGUAGACCUGCUAGAGAGGGCUGUCUCCUGCAGCGCGGUCUCUCGGUGGAUGCUAAUGUGGCUCCGGGGCCUCUGGUGACAGGACAGUGCAAAGCCUUUAGAGAGGUAAGUCUCCCAGCCUUCCAGCCUGUCUCCAGCUACAGCUUGCUUGGUGCUGUCAGGAUCUGGAUUUGGGGGGAGUCUCUCUGUAGUGGUACCAGUGACAGAAGCUGUUCUUUAGAAUUUUCAGGAUGGCUGUAUUCUGCGGUCAGAAUGAGAGAGGCAAGCUGGGCGGAAUCUCUCGCCAAGAGUUCAGGUAAGGUAACGUUUCUUCGCUGGGGAUGCUUUCCGCAGCCAGGCAGCUAUGCUGACAGUCUCGAGUUUGCUCCCAGUUUGUUUAGAUUUAAAUGAUACGUUGAUCACUUUUUUAAAAAGCUGAAUUUUGUUUGGAUUUUCUUUUUCAUGAAAACCUUUUUCUUUUCUUGUAUCCCAUGCAAAAUGGUUUGAAAUGUCAAUUGCUUUUUAAAAACCCUGUGUGUUGGAAAGUCUUUAAUCUGCUGUUUGCUCUUUCUCCCCCCUCCUUUGAAAGUUUUGCGAAGUGUAAACGUUCAUUAUGUCUUUCGGCCUUCCCCGCUCCUCCCUUCUGGGAGGCGCUCAUGCUAUUGCCCCCCGGUGCUGAAAUCGGCACUGUAAAGGGCUGGGGAGGAAGGAAGCCCACACAACAACCUGCUGUCCUUUCGCGCCUUCCUUUGGAGCCUGGCCGUCCGUGCCGUGGUGUGUGAGAAAACGCGUCACCGCACUGCCAUCUUACUGAGUCGCUUCACGUGAGGAAAAAGGGUCUCUGGGCCUGUGGCUCAGUUCCGCCUUUUUGGAUUGUGUCCUGGAAAAGAAGCCACUCUUCUUGCUAGUAAACCAGCAACGCAGCCGUGGGCAGUGGUGACCCAUACAGUGGGAAGGAAUCAGCUAAAAAGCUGAGGGAGGGAGAGGUGGAACUCGGUAGCUCUUGGGAUCUUAAUAUCUCGUCUCUGAUUCUCUGGUCAGAUUAUUUAUUGGGACUCAACAUAAGCCUGGUUUUGGGGUUUUGAGGGGGGAUCUCCUAGCACAUGGUGGACGUCUGGUAUGACUCUCAGGAAGCACGAGAAAUGCAAGCUAACUCAGAGUCUGGCUUCUGAAACGCAGCGUUAGUGACCUCAGGACAGCUGGGCCUGGCCUCCAUUUUUGUCCGUCAUUCAGCGGCCGUAACCUUUUGCUGUAAGGAACUGGGGUAGAUGGGUGGAUGGGUUUUGAGUUAAUUCUCUUUUCUUCCCUUAGGAUGGGGGAUCGGUUUGACGUUUCCUCUGUGGUGGUCGGUUUGAUUUUGUUUUUGUCAAGUUCAACUUUAGCUACAAGGACUUGAAAAGACUCUGAGGGCCGCCAUCCGUCUCUCCUAGAGGCCUAGCGUUCUGUAUUCUGUCCCGAGCAGAGCGAGCUCCUCACAGCCUAGGGCACGAGGAGCCCCAGCAGUGUUAAGCAGAGUACCUUCCAGUGGGGAGGGGGGAGUUCUUCGUUUUGUUUUGUUUUUUUAAUUCUCUUUCCUUAGCAGCAAGGUCUUUGUUCCUAGAGAAUCCACUCCAUUGCAGAAUGAUUGCAACUUCAGGAGCCCUAACCGAUUAAGUGCUGUCGGCCUGAUGUGCCACCUCGGACUCUGGAAACAGCUCUUGGUUCUAUUCUGUAUCUCCGUGGUGUGUAGUGAAAACCACAGCCGGAGGCCAGCUGACCUGUUAGAUGGCUAACCCUGUAACCCUUGACUCUGUAUGUGCCAUUGUAUGUUACUGCAAUGCUCCACCUGUUGUACAGUGUUUGUGAGAUGCUCUUUGCAGAUGGUACUUUUAUAUAUAUCUAUUUUUUCACUUUCAAUAAAAGUACGUUCCUCCCCACUUGCUGGUAUUUGAUACUGUUGCUGAAUGUGCCUCGUGUGAGUGUGUGCUGCGGCAUUGCAGGACCUCAGAGCUGGAGGCGGCACUCGGUGGUUCUUGGGGGCUGGCUGCCUUCCCUCUGCAGGUGGUGGUAGACAUAUGCUACCUGAGGUAACAUGUUUCUGUUUUUGGGAGGGAGUGGGGCGUGGGGAGGGCCCGGGGAGGGUCUCUGGAUUUUUGGUGGUCUGCUUUGUUUGCUCUCUUCUGUACUAUUAAACUGCUGAUGUUUAUUUUCAGGAAUGUUUUGCAAAUGCACUUCUCACUCUUCCCCAGUACAACUGUAGGCCUUCGUGGUGAAACACCUCCUGGAGUAUACCCAGGCCACAGAGUCUAACCUACAGUACAGCUUGCUGUUAGUCCUGGGCCUCCUCCUCACAGAAAUCGUGCGAUCCUGGUCACUCGCCCUGACCUGGGCAUUGAAUUACCGCACCGGUGUCCGCUUGCGGGGGGCCAUCCUGACCAUGGCAUUUAAGAAGAUCCUUAAGUUAAAGAACAUCAAGGAGAAGUCCCUGGGCGAGCUCAUCAACAUUUGCUCCAACGACGGCCAGAGGAUGUUUGAGGCAGCUGCCGUUGGCAGCUUGUUGGCAGGCGGACCCGUGGUUGCCAUCUUAGGCAUGGUCUAUAAUGUAAUUAUUCUGGGACCAACAGGCUUCCUGGGAUCAGCUGUCUUUAUCCUCUUUUACCCAGCAAUGAUGUUUGCAUCACGGCUCACUGCAUAUUUCAGGAGAAAGUGUGUAGCCGCCACAGACGACCGCGUCCAGAAGAUGAAUGAAGUUCUUACCUACAUUAAAUUCAUUAAAAUGUAUGCCUGGGUCAAAGCGUUUUCUCAAAGCGUUCAAAAAAUCCGAGAGGAGGAGCGUCGGAUACUGGAGAAGGCUGGGUACUUCCAGAGCAUCACGGUCGGCGUGGCCCCCAUCGUGGUGGUGAUUGCCAGUGUGGUGACGUUCUCCGUCCACAUGACCCUGGGCUUCGACCUGACCGCAGCACAGGCCUUCACAGUGGUGACUGUCUUCAAUUCCAUGACAUUUGCAUUGAAAGUUACACCGUUCUCAGUAAAGUCCCUCUCGGAAGCAUCAGUUGCUGUCGACAGAUUUAAGAGUUUAUUUCUAAUGGAAGAGGUUCACAUGAUAAAGAACAAACCAGCCAACCCUCACAUCAAGAUAGAGGUGAAAAGUGCCACCUUGGCAUGGGACUCCUCCCACUCCAGUGUCCAGAACUCGCCCAAGCUGAGCCCCAAAAUGAAAAAAGACAAGAGGGCUGCCAGGGGCAAGAAAGAGAAGGCGAGGCAGCUGCAGCGCACUGAGCAUCAGGCCGUGCUGGCAGAGCAGAGAGGCCACCUGCUCCUGGACAGUGACGAGCGGCCCAGUCCCGAGGAGGAGGAAGGCAAGCACAUCCACCUGGGGAGCCUGCGCCUGCAGAGGGCGCUCUACAACAUCGACCUGGAAAUCCAAGAGGGUAAGCUGGUUGGAAUCUGUGGCAGUGUGGGAAGUGGGAAAACCUCACUCAUCUCGGCCAUUUUAGGCCAGAUGACGCUUCUGGAGGGCAGCAUUGCCAUCAGCGGAACCUUCGCGUACGUGGCCCAGCAGGCCUGGAUCCUCAAUGCCACCCUGAGAGACAAUAUCCUCUUCGGGAAGGAAUUUGAUGAAGAAAGAUACAAUUCUGUGCUGAACAGCUGCUGCCUGAGGCCUGACCUGGCCAUUCUUCCCAACAGUGACCUGACUGAGAUUGGCGAGCGAGGAGCCAACCUGAGCGGUGGACAGCGCCAGAGGAUCAGCCUGGCCCGGGCCUUGUAUAGUGAUAGGAGCAUCUACAUCCUGGAUGACCCCCUCAGUGCCUUAGAUGCCCACGUGGGCAACCACAUCUUCAACAGUGCUAUCCGGAAGCACCUCAAGUCCAAGACGGUUCUGUUUGUUACUCACCAGUUACAGUAUCUGGUUGACUGUGAUGAAGUGAUCUUCAUGAAAGAGGGCUGUAUUACAGAAAGAGGUACACAUGAGGAGCUGAUGAAUCUAAAUGGUGAUUAUGCCACCAUUUUUAAUAACCUGCUGCUGGGAGAGACACCCCCUGUUGAGAUUAAUUCAAAGAAGGAAACCAGUGGUUCACAGAAGAAAUCCCAAGACAAGGGUCCUAAAACGGGAUCAGUAAAGAAGGAGAAAGCAGUGAAGCCAGAGGAAGGGCAGCUCGUGCAGCUGGAAGAGAAGGGGCAAGGUUCAGUGCCCUGGUCGGUGUACGGUGUCUACAUCCAGGCUGCUGGGGGCCCCUUGGCCUUCCUGGUCAUUAUGGCCCUUUUCAUGCUGAAUGUGGGCAGCACUGCCUUCAGCACCUGGUGGUUGAGUUACUGGAUCAAGCAAGGAAGUGGGAACAGCACAGUGACUCGAGAGAACAAGACGUCCGUGAGCGACAGCAUGAAGGACAACCCUCUGAUGCACUACUAUGCCAGCAUCUACGCCCUCUCCAUGGCCGUCAUGCUGAUCCUGAAAGCCAUUCGGGGAGUGGUCUUUGUCAAGGGCACGCUGCGCGCCUCUUCCCGGCUCCACGACGAGCUUUUCCGCAGGAUCCUUCGCAGCCCUAUGAAGUUUUUUGACACGACCCCCACGGGAAGGAUUCUCAACAGGUUUUCCAAAGACAUGGAUGAAGUGGAUGUGCGCUUGCCGUUCCAGGCCGAGAUGUUCAUCCAGAACGUCAUCCUGGUGUUCUUCUGCGUGGGGAUGAUCGCGGGCGUGUUCCCCUGGUUCCUCGUGGCCGUGGGGCCCCUCGUCAUCCUCUUCUCCGUGCUGCACAUCGUCUCCAGGGUCCUGAUCCGCGAGCUGAAACGUCUGGACAACAUCACACAGUCCCCUUUCCUCUCCCACAUCACGUCGAGCAUACAGGGCCUUGCCACCAUCCAUGCCUACAAUAAAGGGCAGGAGUUUCUGCACAGGUACCAGGAGCUCCUGGAUGACAACCAAGCCCCCUUCUUCUUGUUCACGUGUGCAAUGAGGUGGCUGGCUGUGCGCCUGGACCUCAUCAGCAUCGCCCUGAUCACCACCACUGGGCUGAUGAUCGUCCUCAUGCACGGGCAGAUUCCCCCAGCCUACGCGGGCCUUGCCAUCUCUUACGCCGUCCAGUUAACAGGACUGUUCCAGUUUACGGUUCGGUUGGCAUCUGAGACAGAAGCUCGAUUCACCUCGGUGGAGAGGAUCAAUCACUACAUCAAGACCCUGUCCUUGGAAGCACCUGCCAGGAUCAAGAACAAAGCUCCCCCUGCCGACUGGCCGCAGCAAGGAGAGGUGACCUUUGAGAACGCAGAGAUGAGAUACCGCGAGAACCUCCCCCUGGUCCUGAAGAAAGUGUCCUUCACCAUCAAGCCGAAGGAGAAGAUCGGCAUCGUGGGGCGGACGGGGUCAGGGAAGUCCUCUCUGGGGAUGGCCCUCUUCCGGCUGGUGGAGCUGUCCGGGGGCUGCAUCAAGAUCGACGGAGUGCGAAUCAGCGGCAUCGGCCUCGCCGACCUCCGGAGCAAGCUCUCCAUCAUUCCUCAGGAGCCGGUGCUGUUCAGUGGCACUGUCAGGUCAAAUUUGGACCCCUUCAACCAGUACACAGAAGAUCAGAUCUGGGACGCCCUGGAAAGGACACACAUGAAAGAAUGUAUCACUCAGCUACCUCUGAAACUCGAAUCUGAAGUGAUGGAGAACGGGGAUAACUUCUCAGUAGGGGAGCGGCAGCUCUUGUGUAUAGCAAGGGCCUUGCUCCGCCAUUGUAAGAUUCUGAUUUUAGAUGAAGCCACAGCUGCCAUGGACACAGAGACAGACUUGCUGAUUCAGGAGACCAUCCGAGAAGCCUUUGCAGACUGCACCAUGCUGACGAUUGCCCAUCGCCUACAUACGGUUCUCGGAUCUGAUAGGAUUAUGGUGCUGGCCCAAGGACAGGUGGUGGAGUUUGACACCCCAUCGGUCCUUCUGUCCAAUGACAGCUCCCGGUUCUAUGCCAUGUUUGCUGCUGCAGAGAACAAGGUCGCAGUCAAGGGCUGACUCCUCCUGUCCACGACGUCUUUUUUUCUUUGGAGCAUUGCCGCUCCCCGCCUGGGGCAGGCCCCUCAUCGCGUCCUCCUGCCGAAACCUUGCCUUUCCCGACUUUAUCUUUCGCACAGCGGUUCAGGAUUGGCUUGUGUGUUUCACUUUUAGGGAGAGUCCAUAUUUUGAUUAUUGUAUUUAUUCCAUAUUCAUGUAAACGAAAUUUAGUUUUUAUUCUUAAUUGCACUCUAAAAGGUUCAGGGAACCAUGAUUAUAAAUGUAUCAGAGGCCUAUAAUGAAGCUUUAUACGUGUAGCUAUAUCUAUAUAUAAUUCUGUACAUAGCCUAUAUUUACAGUGAAAAUGUAAGCUGUUUAUUUUAUAUUAAAGCGAAGCAGUGUGCUAAUCACACUGCGUAUUCCUCUCUCAUUUUUUUUGUACGGUUUGCUGUACUGGAGACCCGGCUUUGCUGUUAGACUGUAGGAAGGGUAGCAUUUCAUUCUCCUCAAGCUGGUGGUGGCACAGUGCUGGGUUGCCUGGGAGUCCAAAGGAAGCCGUGCGGCGAGAGCAGGCCCUCCAGCAGCCCCUCUGCUGCCUCCCGCAGCCGUGCCAGAGGCGGGCAGGCUGCCGAGGCCUGCAGGGCGCCGUGGAUUCUCAGGGCUCCUGCUUACUGUCCUGGCGUCGCUUCCUGUUUGUGUCCACGGAGCAGCGGGGCCGAGCCCCAGACCCCCGUCCCCUCCCUCCAUCAGGAAUGAAACUCCCAGAAGCAUUCCUCAGUGGGAGAGGGAGGGAGUUUCUUUCCUGCCUUCCUCGUUCUGUCGUCGUUUCUAACUGAGAGUCAGUCUGUUCACGAGUGUCCCACUGCCUCAGGUUCCAACGCUGGCCACGGCUGGUGGCCCCCAGCCUCCGAGCCUGUUGGUUGGGAGCCCUGGAGCCAGCCGCCGCUUCUCCAGGGGGUACUUCCUCCUUGGCCUGUUCCCGCACCUCCACAGCUCAGUGACAGGGUUCAGGAUCUCAUGGGUCUGACUUCUCCUUUCUCACUGCAGUGGUCGCACAGUCUCCUUCUCUCUCCAAAGUCUGCCACUUUAAGCAGCUCUUGCUGAUCAGUGUCUCACACUGGCGUAGAAGUUUUUGUACUGUAAAGAGACCUACCUCAGGUUGCUGAUGGCCGUGUGGUUCGUCGUGUGUCCCUGCAAAACCCCCUUUGUGCUGUGGGGCCCGUAGCUCAGGUGGGCGUGGUUGCUGCUGUCAUCAGUGGGAAGGUCAGCGUUGCAUGUCGUGACCCACUAGACAUUCUGUCACCUUAGCAUGUUUGCUGAACACCUUGUGGAAGCGAAAACCUGAAAAAGUGAAUAAAAGUAUUUUGGAUUUUGUAAA